AUGUCGUACUACGCUUAUCUAUUUACUUUUCUCUUCAUCGCUUAUAUUCGAAAACCAAUUGAAUCUCUUCGAUGUGGUACACGAUGCCCAUUCGCAUUUGAAUCAUUCAAUGUCAGCAUACCUGAAAAAAUAUGUCCACAAUAUGUCGAUCGAGACAAUUCACAAUGCUCACUCACGCUGAUGCUUGAUUUUAGAUCAUAUGGUAGAGGUGGUGGUGGCGUACUAAUGAUCGAAGAUCAAACAGCACCUGAUCAACUUCAAAUUGAAACAACAUUUGGUCUUCAUUCGAAUUUAACUACCAUAAUUAGGUAUACUUGUUCUAUGUCGGACGACUGUGCAUGGGCGUUUGCUAAUGAACUUUUGGGUUCUAAAUUAGCUGAGUUCGAUGCUCUUUCCCUUCAGAAAACGUUUAGUGACCUUCUCUACACAAAUGUAUCGAACCCAAUUGGAGUUCAAUGUAUUGGUAACACAUGUACAAUGGGAAACUAUUGUCAAGCAAAACUCGAAGAGAUUCGCUCAUCUGAACACAGACUAUUAAAUAUCGAUAAUAAUUUACCAUGUCAUAGUACACUGACAGAAGUUAAUAUGUUAACUAUAGCACAAACAUAUUCUUAUCCCAAUACCAUCAAAGCAAAUAUGUCGUUAAUCUGUAAUCGUGUGAAAUGCAACAAUAUAUCAACUGUUAUGCAAGUCUAUGAACUUUUCAAUUAUCAAUAUGUACUACCACUAAACGAUUCAAUUUUAAAUAUUAAUACAUCUUUUAUAUCAACUACUGAAAAACCACAAGCCUCAAUCACAUUUAUCACUGUUUCAUCACACAGCAUAAUCGUUGUUACUAUUUUAUGCUUGCUAUUCUGUAAUAUAAUGUGA